GUGAGAGCCGCACGAGCGUGCGAGCAGCCAGCUGGCUGCAUGGCGCGCUGCGAGCGGCUGCGCGGCGCGGCCCUGCGCGACGUGCUGGGCAGGGCGCAGGGGGUCCUGUUCGACUGCGACGGGGUGCUGUGGAAUGGCGAGCGCGCCGUGCCGGGCGCCCCGGAGCUGGUGGAGCGGCUGACGCGGGCCGGCAAGGCGGCGCUGUUCGUGAGCAACAACAGCCGGCGCGCGCGGCCAGAGCUGGCCCUCCGCUUCGCGCGCCUGGGAUUCGGGGGGCUACGCGCCGAGCAGCUCUUCAGCUCCGCGCUGUGCGCCGCGCGCCUGCUGCGCCAGCGCCUGCCCGGGCCGCCGGACGCGCAGGGCGUCGUGUUCGUGCUCGGGGGCGAGGGGCUGCGCGCCGAGUUGCGCGCCGCGGGGCUGCGCCUGGCAGGGGAUCCCGGCGAGGACCCGGGCGUGGGGGGCGGCGCGGCCACGCGCGUGCGCGCCGUGCUCGUGGGCUACGACGAGCACUUCUCCUUCGCCAAGCUGAGCGAGGCGUGCGCGCAUCUGCGCGACCCUGACUGCCUCCUCGUGGCCACCGACCGAGACCCUUGGCACCCGCUCAGCGACGGCAGCCGGACCCCGGGCACGGGCAGCCUGGCCGCUGCGGUGGAGACAGCCUCGGGGCGCGAGGCGCUGGUGGUGGGUAAGCCCAGCCCCUACAUGUUCCAGUGCAUCGCCGAGCACUUCAGCGUGGACCCCGCCCGCAUGCUCAUGGUGGGGGACCGCCUGGAGACCGACAUCCUCUUCGGCCACCGCUGCGGCAUGACCACCGUGCUCACGCUCACCGGCGUCUCCCGUCUGGAGGAGGCCCAGGCCUACCUGGCGGCCGGCCAGCAUGACCUGGUGCCCCAUUACUACGUGGAGAGCAUCGCAGACUUGAUGGAGGGGCUGGAGGACUGAGCCGGCCGGCCGCAGCCCCGGCUCCCACUCAGCCCUGCAGGAGGAGGCAGUGGGCGGGGCCUCCUAAGCCCGCCAGCCCCCUGGCCUGGCUGCUGCACCUGCCGGGCGGACCCGGGAAGGUUCGCAAGCCCUCUGCCCUCCCCAGCUGGGAGGUGGCCGGGCACUCUGCUGUUCCAGAAGCUGCCCCUGCAGCUCGAAGGCUCACCCUGGCCUGACCCAGCGGUGACUUACUUCCGCCCUGUCUCCCCGCCUGGAAACAUGGGCGCUGAUUCCCUAGCCCUUCUCCCUCCCUGGGGCCGCUAGAGCCCAGCCUGUGCUCCUGGGUUCCUCCCCUUGGUUCCUGACCAGUCAGAGGUCUCCAAAACCACAACCCACCGUCCUGAGUGGACCAAGCUGAAGCCCAGUGAGAGUGGUUCACCAUGUGGGGUCCUGAGUGGACCAAGUGGGAACUGAAGGAACAAGGACCCUUGCCUGUCCUGGAGCCCAGGCCUGCCAAUCAGAAGGCUGAGCGGCAGUGGCCCGAGAACGUCCUGGGUCCUGGGUGGACCCAUUGGGACACCAAGUAUAAUGACCCACUGGUCUCUUAGAUCCCAAAUAGAAUAAUCCAGAAGUCCUAGAGACAGUGGCCUCUUGACAAUCUGGGUCCAACUGGACCAGCCAGGGGUUCAGAGUCAGUUAGUAAUUAAGGGGCCAAGUUUGAAGACACCCCUUCCUAAAGACUGAAGAAAAGCCCCGGCCCUGCCUGAUCCCGGUACCUGUCCAGAGUUGGUGGCCAUGGCUUAGGUGGGCUUUUGUACCCACUUUGUGGUCAGUAUUUGCUGUGCCACCUCUACCCCUGCCCCCUUAUUUAUUUAUUACUAUGUGCCAGUGACAGUAGGGGUGGGGGCUAGGCCUUCCCUGCCGCCUCCACCCUGGUUGUAUCCAGUCCUCCUAUGUAAUAAAGUUUGAGCGGGA